GUUCAGCAGGUUCACAUUGGAAAAGUCGAGUCCUUUCACUGACUCGAGUUCUUAUGAGUCACUCACUCCGGGUUCCCUUUUUUUAAAUUUAGCUAGCACUAGCAGGUAAGUGAGGUAGUUAAGAGACAAUACCCGAUUCCUGCUUGCAAAUCGUCUCCAGUCUCCCGCCCACACACCCAGCAGUCCGACGUCAUGGGUAGGUCACGUGCGUAUUAAACACAUUUUCUAUUGGCCAACGUGAGUGCACGUGAGCGAAGCGGGCCUGGCUCGUAAAAGCGCGCACAUUGUUUCCGUCACGUAAGAAAGUGGCGGCCAUAUCGUCUGGCCGCCCCAGGGGGUAGCCCUCAUUACGGCGCCGCACACCUGCUACUCAUUGGACCGCCACCGAACCACUGCGCCUUUCAUCUUUACGAGGGCAUCGUUAAAAUAGAAAUUCUUCUCAGCUUGAUGACUCGAGGGACUUUUUAGUGUUAGCCUAGUGUUUAGCUAACUUCACGAGCACAUCACGGGAGUCCUUUAAGACAUUUAAUAGUUGUUUUAUCGAAACAUACAAUGUCAAGAUAUUCACUUUACUUGACAAUAGUUUUAUUUAACUGCUUUAGCGUCACUUUCUUUACGCCAACAGGUGUAUUUUAAGCACGGUGAGCCUUCAUGCUAACAAUUAGCGAACUUAAUUAGCAUAAACAACGUCAGUAGCUAAUGUUUGCUAGUGAGUCAAACGCUAUAGGCCAACAGUGCUGUCAAUCAAAGCAUGACGACGAGGUUGUUAUUCCUGGUGUGCUCCCGGCGAGGGGGUGAAAGUGCUUCAAUUUCAGCUUUUCUUUUUAAAAGCAUCCUGAGCACCCAGCAAGGGGUGGGUGGGCCCCCCGGGCCCCCCUCCCGCCCCAAUAAAAGCAUAGUGGAGGCACGUGGGAAGCCCCGCCCAUGAGGAAAAGCAGCAGGUAGAAACACAUCUUCCUGUUUCACUUUUAUGAUGUGAUUUUAUUGGAAUUACUGAAUUAGUAAUAGGCUUUCAUUAUUGUAUUAGAUUAAUAUUUUGUUUAUUAAUAUUAAUUUUUGAUUUUUUUAUUUAACGGUUGUUUUUUAAUUAUUUCAAAUGAAUGUCAAAAUAAUUUUAUAAUAGUAUUACAGAAUAUCGUAUUUUAAUAGUAGUUCAUAUUUUUGUUGAUAUUUUAUGGACGGUAUUUUAUACAUUUUUUGUUUUUAUAUUUUAUUUAUGAUUAAAGUAUCAUUCUAUUUUAAAUAUAAAUUGUUUAUCGUAUAAGGAUUUUACUAUACAAGUAAAAAAAAAUAUCAAAAACAAAAAUAAUACAAAUAAAAUAUUAAAAUACUAAUACAAUAAUGCUAUAAAAAUAUUAAACUAAUGUUAAUACUAAUAAAAUAAUAAAGUCUGUUUUAUACUUUUUUUCAUUGUAUUUCAGUUUUUUUUGUUUUUGUAUUAUAUUAGUGUUACUUUUUAUUUUACGUAUAUAUUUUUUUAAUUUUUAUUAAUGAAAAUAAUUAUUUUAAUAUUACCCUAUGAAUAUUCUAAUAUGACUUUAUUAUGGAAUGAUUAUUUUACUAGUAUUUAAUUAGUAUUAUGGUAUUAAUAUAUAUCAGUAAUACUAAUAGGAGUAGUUGGAGUCCACCUCCCACAGAGAGAGAGAGAGAGAGAGAGAGUGGGGGAAGAGAGAGAGAGGGAGAGAGAGAGAGAGGGUAGCGGGUGAGAGAGGUGAGCUCCAUCAUUGCAGGAGGAGAAGAAGAAGAGCGGAGGAUCUUGCGUGACGAUGAAGGAGUCGGGUGUCGUGGCGUGUGUGCUGCUGUUGUGUAUUUUGCCAACAGGAAGUGAGUCCCAGGAGGCGUCUGAGGGUGCGAGGCGAGGACUGACAUGGCGACAUAACGGCCGGGUCUUCAGCAUCCUGAGCCGUGCGUCUCGCUAUCAGCCGGCCGGCGCCAGGAGCGGCGGCCUCCUCCUGCUUCACGCCAACGACACCUCCUUGGCCCGGGCGGCCCCCCGCCCGCCCGCGGCCAGCGGUGCCGCUCAGUUACGAGCCGUGGUGCGUCAGCAGCAGCAGCAGCAGCCGCCGCCGACACGGCGGGAGGACAUGAUGGUGGGGGACGACCCGUACAACCCGUACAAGGCGUCCAACUACUACCAGUACUACAACUACUACAACUCCUACUACAGACCCAGAACCCGGACCCCACACUGGCACGGAUACGGAACCAGGUACCAUCAGAACGGUCUGCCUGACCUGGUUCCUGACGCCUACUACAUCCAGGUGGCCUCCUACAUCCAGAGGCUCCCCAUGUACAACCUACGCUGUGCUGCCGAGGAGAACUGCCUCGCCUCUUCUGCGUCUUCCGCCCACGAAUACGACACCAGGGUUCUCUUGAGGUUCCCUCAGCGCGUCAAGAACCAGGGGACAUCCGACUUCCUGCCCAGCAAACCUCGCUACUCCUGGGAGUGGCACAGCUGUCACAAUCACUUUCACAGCAUGGACGAGUUCAGCUUGUACGAGCUGCUGGACGCCAAGACGCUCCAGGCGGUGGCCGAGGGACACAAGGCCAGCUUCUGUCUGGAGGACACGUCCUGCGAGGCCGGAUACUACCGACGCUACGCCUGCACCUCGCACACGCAGGGUUUGAGUCCCGGCUGCUACGACACCUACAACGCGGACAUAGACUGUCAGUGGAUCGACAUCACCGACGUUUCUCCUGGGAAGUACAUCCUGAAGGUGACCGUCAACCCCAAGCAGACUGUACCGGAAGCCAGCUUUGAAAACAACGUGGUCCGCUGUGACGUCCACUACACCGGAAGUGCUGCCCACUUGUCAGGGUGCCGGGCCAGCUCAUGAGAAGUGGGGGGGGGGCGAACCAUCCUGUGAAGUCAAACCUCAUCUUUAAAACAACAAAUAUAAUAUUCAACGCCCUGUAUUGAUAUUAUUUCGGUGUUGAGGUGACGAAAGGAACAAUAAACGUUUGUCUUUCAAGCAAAUAAACGUGUUUACGUUCCGUACGAUGACUUGGCUUCGAGUCAAUAAAGUUGUA